CAAAUGAAAGCAAACCCAUCAUUUAUUUUCCUUCUGAUACUCAUCAAAGGCCACCACUUUGAGAAAUUACCUUCCGGUUUUCAAAAAUGCGACAUAAGAAAGCCCGAUUUCGACCGCUGUUUGUCCCAAGCUAUUCAGGGUGCCAUCGAACAGUUGAAAAAACCAAUUGACGACUAUGGUUUGCCCCAAAUGGAACCGUUUAUAGCGCCAGAAUAUGUACGUUGCGAACUGGGAAACGAAACUAACGGCAUACGACAAAAAUAUUUCAACUAUAAAGUCUCAGGUCUGACGAAAAUAGUAAAAACAGACGCAAAAUUAGACUUCAGUGGACGUACUUUAACAAUAACUCUUUUUUAUGAUAAAGUCACUUUUAACUUGGAUUACCAGUUGGUUGGGAGGAUAAUUGUGAUCUAUGUUAAUAACACGACCAAAGCGAUUGUUACGAUGAUAAAACCCACGUUUAAAAUUAUAUACACUAUGGAAACGUACAAGAAAAACAACGAAAAGUAUCUGAAAGUGGUUGAUACUGUUUUCAGAAUGGGCGCAAAAAAAGGAACGGUACAUUUCAGAGAUUUGUUUAAAAAUAAACGGCUUAAUGAAGAUAUAUGUAUUGCGAUUGAAGAAGAGUGGGAAGAUGGUCUGGAGUACUGGCAGAACUCAUCUCCGAAAGUAUUUUCAAAUGCGUUUGAAAAUAUAUUUAACAAUCUGCUGGAAAAAGUACCAGUUAAGGAAUUAGUCGACGAGUCGAGAGAGAGAACUAGGAAAAAAGAAGAACGACAGAGAGAGAACUUGGGCGAAAGUUCGUGUGAAGCCCUCAAGGCAGAAGCAGGUGUAGGCUGGAUGACCGUCAUCAUCGUCAUCUGUGGUAAUGCCUGGCGUGUGGUGAGUCAGAUUUCGGAGAUGAAUGUGCUCAAAAGGUGCAACUUGUCGGGUCUUUUUCCUACACCACAUUGA